AUGAAGACUCGCCGUGGCAGGGCGUCCAAGAAGAGAGACGGACCCUUGUUAAGAGGUGCUGUUCCAAUUUCCAGGUUAUGGGCCGAGGUGUUUCACGUGUCAGCGUCGGGUGCCGGCACAGUGAAAUGGCAACAGGUGAGCGAAGACUUGGUGCCUGUCAACAUCACUUGCAUACAAGACUCUCCGGAAUGCGUCUUCCACAUCACGGCCUACAACUCACAGGUGGACAAGAUCCUGGACGUGCGGCUUGUACAACCAGGAACUCGCAUUGGACAAGCUUCAGACUGCUUCGUGUACUGGAAAGACCCGAUGACAAACGACACUUGGGGUCUGAACUUCACCUCCCCGAUAGACGCCAAACAAUUUAGGGACUGUUGUGCAAUCGAGCAAAAGCGGAGUGGACUAUCUUCUAUCGGACGUAUACGGUCUAUCCAAAAACGAUCGCACAAGUAUCAUCAACUACAAGAAUAGACCACAACGAGAGGAAAAUGCGUCUUUUGAAGCUGACUGUGGAUCUUGUCAUAAGCUUAUCAGCAGACUUUAAUUUACGUUUUUGAUAGAGCCUCAAGGUUCUACAAUGCAAAACUUUCACUUUUGUUCUUCGUACCUAAAAAUGGAAGAAACUGUAUCAAGUAUAUCCUGCAAAAAAGCCUAAAGAGUCGUGUAGCCCUACUUAUACUAGAAAACACAGUUAUAGGAAUUGUUAAACUCGGUAAA